AUGUCAUUCACCGCAAACUCCAAAGCUCCCCAGCCUCACCCGUCCCAAGCACCUCAGGAACCAAUCGGUCCCGUGGCGGCGGACUCUCUCGCGGCCGAGUCACUGGACAACUACGGAAAGUUCUCUGAAAACGAGCGCGCGGCUGCGUCGUCCGUGACGGGGUCCUCGUCGACGCUCAACACCACGGACACGUCCGGCGCCCGAGUCCUGCAGCCCGCUCCCGACAACACGACGCGCGAGAAGCAGAAUAUGUCGAGCCUCGGAGCGGACGAAAGGGGCCCGGCGGGCGUCAAGCUCGACGCGUUGGGCAAGCCUCAGUUCCCCGGUGGACAUGACGAGUCUGGAUACUUUGGCGGUCCUGGCGGCGGCGGCGGGGGUGCCAGUCGUGCCGCAGAAGGAGGAGGAGGAGUACCGGCCGGAGCGAGCGACUUUGGUGCAUCGACAUACGCAUCGGGGAGCAGGACGGGACCCGACCCCAACAUCAAGUCCUCUACCGGUGCGGGCGCCGGCGGUGGUGGUGGCAACUCAGGCAACUCGGACAACUCGGGCACCUCGGCGGGUGUCCGUCCCCACGUCGACCCGGCACCAACGUACACGGCCACCGUCACCGGCGCCGCGGUACCGCCGGGCACGUACAAGCCCAAAGGCACCAACAUCGAAGACGCAGACAAGACGGACGGCAUGCCCAAGACCAAGACCUUUGUGGGUGACGUGGGCGGACAACAUGACCCCGGGAGAUUGGCGGAGCGGGAUUUCGAGGCCAGAAACACCGGGCCCGUCGAGCGGAACACGUCGGCUGGGACCGCGGGUGGUGCCCAGAGACAGGCCGGGAGCGGCGCCGUCGGUGAAGAGGGUGGAAGUUUUGGCGUGUUGAACGGUGAGAGAGCAUGA